CUGGUGAUGCUGAAGAUGCUACGGGUGGUGAUGCUGAUGGUGCGGAUGCUUCUGGUGCACCUGCUGAUGAUUCUGCUGGUACUGGUGAUUCUGCUGUUGCUGAUGUUGUGGCGGAAGGUGAGGGGGUCGAGUCUGCAAGUGAUACUAAUGAGUCUGGGAAAGCAACUGUGGAAGAGUCUGCUGGUGAUACUAACGAGUCAGGGAAAGCGGCAGUUGAAAAUUCUCCAGGUGAGGCAAGAGAGGACGAGGUUACUGAGGGGGAGGGGGAGACAGCGAGUGAGAAAGUGAGUGUUAGUAGGAAGGUGAGGGGUGGAGGGGAGGGCACGAAGAAGAGCAAGAAGGAGAGUAUGAAGGUUAAAAGCAAGAAAGUGCGCAAGGUAGAGAGCAAGGAGAGUAAGGUGAGGAGCAAGAAGGCGAGUAAGGUAAAGAGCAAGAAGGAAAGCAUGAGGAAAGAAGAGGAGUAGUGAUGGUUGGGGUAUAUAGGUGGUCUUGGACGACAAAUAUUGAUGGGAGAAAGCUAAGGAGAUCUAGAACUACUUCAUAGGUUCGAAUAUUGCUUGUUAAUAGGAGUGUUGCCAUGCACAGUUACGAUAGGGAGCUUGCCUACCCUCUUCUUUGAGUGUGGCUUUAUCAAAUGUAUACGGAUCUUUUUAAACAUUAUCAGAUGC